GUAGUCAAUCGUUACUGGAAUCAGGUGAUUUUAACAAAAAUUUCGCAUAGAUUAUUACUGCUAUGUUAAGUCUAGUGAUUGUUCGCUGGAUAUAUAAGCUUAAUAUUACUCCUCAGUACACAGUGUCUUGUAUAUUACAGACUUGUAUUUUCCUUAAGGCAUACAGUGUACAUUACAACACAAGAAAAAAUUCAUAUUGUAAUCUAUUAAUAAUUAUUUACUAUUCAAAAGCUAGACGUUUCCAAAAGUAAUUGAAGACAAAUCAGAUUUACUAAAAUCUGACAGUCGCUUUUGACUGCGCUUCUUGGUUUUCGAUUUAUUCGUUGCCAACUUUAUCACUUUAAACAUAUGGACCUUGUGUUCAUCAACACAGGUAGUAUGUCCGAUCUUCAGUUUGUUUACUCUAUUCUAUAACGAAGGUCCCCACUUGUUGUUAUAAGUCAUUCUUGCUGUCGAGGUUUCGGGUUUCGAUAGGACCGAUCUGUUUGGAUUUUUUAAGUGUAGGAAAUCAAACUGUGUUAAGUUGGGAUACUCAGUGUAUUCCAUGGAAUUGGAUUAUCAUUUUAUGGAUGCCAAGAUCGUAAUGUAGGAGAGUCAACACAUUACUAAAAAAUCUGAAAUUCAAGCAGCUGGUAGUAUGAUUCAUUACUGGUAAUUUUCUGUUCGUGCCAUGUACGUAAACCAAUAUCUCAUUCUUAUAUUUCAUGAAAUUACAGUGACGUUAAGAAGAAGUUUACCAAAAAUUGUGUUUUGUUGAUGUUUCACUCUGUUCAUGUCGAACGUACUGAAUAAACAACUUUCAUUUGUAUUCAAAACAAGUGAACAGAGAUUUAGUACAUCUUAUAGGAUUCGAAAAUGUCGAUAUGCAUUUCAAAUCAUUGAACUUAGAAUCUGACUGCUGUCUACUAAUUUUAAUUGCACUAAUUAUUAACCACUGAAAAUGAAGCACAAGUAGGGUCACUAACAAACCACAUUAAUUCACAACGAGCGGUUACAACUGCGUAAAUAUGAAGUUCUCCAGUCUAUGUACUGUCAUUUUGCUAACAUCAAUUCACAUUUCCAUAGAUGUAAGGUUUGUAUGCAAAAACACUGUUGUUUAAAAAUAAAAUUUAUAUCUCCAAUGAACAUUUCAUAGUCAAUCACUGUUAGACAGUAGCAUUAUUUUAUUUUGUGGGUAUAUUCGUAGAAUGGUUCCAUAGCAUGUAAAAUAAAAUCUUGACAGGGCAUACCAUAUAAAUGUACUAUUAAAUCUUUUAAGCAUACAAUCAUUUCUUAACAAACUAUUUUUUGGUGUUGUAUUAACUAGAGAAAUUCGGAAACUUGAAGUUUAUUUAUUCACUGCUUUUUCACAGUUUAUCUUUUCUGUAAACCUACAUCACAUUCCCAUAUCAUUUAGCUUGCUUACACUCAUGUAGAAUUCUGUUUAUCAGCUGAUGGGAUGAUCCUUCACGUGUGAUCUGAACUCAGGAGCUUUGGUCUCGCGCGCGAACCCUUAACCUCUAGAUCACUGUGCCGGCAUCCAACGGUGUUAGUGCCCAACUUCAACCAAUCCUAAAAGCGAAGAAAAGCGCUGGCAUUGUGGGAUAGGAUUCAAACAGAAAUCCAUUCGUAUUUACCUUCUAAACUACCUGAGGGCUAACAAAGUUCAAACAUGAACAGUUUGGCACAACUUUGUUAUGCUUGUAACGCCAAUUUUUUGAUGGUCAUAAGUUUUUGUCGUUCAGAUGGAAUUUAAUUACUGUUGUUUCUAAUUAGUUUCUUUUGAAAUUUUAGCUCGAUGAAGAUAGCUUGAUUAUACUUCAGCGUUUUGAUUCGGAUGCUGAGGAAGAAAGUAUGCUUCUGUUUUAAAAGCUUAUUUUUUAUCUUUCAAUGUAACUUAAUCGAUUUUUGAAUCAAUUUUUAAUUGGUUAUGGGUGUGUUUAUUUGUGUUCUAGGUGGGAUGAUUAACUGAGUUAUGUAAAUUGUUUGAAUUUUCAUAGUCAGCGCUGGACACAAGUAUUUUUCGUGUAAAAUAAUUGCGUAUUAUUUUUAGUAUGCAAAAUAAAAAUCCAUAAUGGUCACGAAAUUCGGUAAAUAAAGCGUUCACUUAUGUGUUGAUAACUCAACAGGGAUAAAUAAAACUCUUGGAACUUAUCAUUAUUUCAUUCCUGCCAUUAGUUUUUCGUCCUCUGGUUGAUUACGGUAGAUACGGUAUACGGCUUUGCCACUCGAACAUGUAGAAUUCGGUAUCAAGUCGAGAAGGCGAAAAAGGCCGGGGAAGCGUUCAUUGGUUUCAACAUCUACAGAAUCAUUUCUCAAACAAUUGGCUUCAUGGGACAAGGAAGAAGUUCCAGAAAAGCUUCAAGAACGAGUGCAUUUUUCCAAGCGUAUUAUUGCACGCCUCUUAUCUGCCUAUGAAAAAAUGGUUACUCACCAGUUUCGUUUGCGUCAACUGCUUGGGAACACUACUGAAACCGCAUCAGUUUCUGUUGGCUCUGAAAUUAGUGAUAAUAUUUUACCUAUUCAUUCCAGUUCAUCGGCUCCUUAUGGCACACAAAACUCUAAUUCUGAAGGUAACAAUCAAUCAACUAGUUCAUCUCAGGAGCCUGCUUCAACAACGUGCAGCAGAUCUGGUGCAGUAGAUUUGCACGAGGAAAUAACACUUUUAAACAAGGAAAAUCUUCGUCUCCAAAGCCUUUGUACAAAUUUGCAUUCUAAACAUCGACAAAGUAGUCUUCGCCUUCGUGAACUACAAGACUUAGCUCAGACGAAUAGUGACGCGUCAGCGGAAUGGCAGGCUAAGUAUGAGGAUUUAGAUUAUAAACUUGCGGAAGCAAUGAAACAAGUUACGCGUUUAGAUCAUCGUCUGUAUGAAGCUCAGGAGAAGAAUAAAAAAAUGGAAGUUGAAUUAUCAGCUCUCAAAUGCUCAGACUCUCCAGGUCGUGAAGAUCCUUCAAAUAUUGAUGGAUCAAUUACACGGAAUAAAUAUAAUGACUUGGCUUGUGAACUGGAAGAGUACCGUGAGUUGGCAAAUAAUCGUAUAAAUGAAUUAGAGCGCCUUCAACGUCACUUGGAAGACAAAGUUGCAGAAUGUGCUUCAUUGAAUAUGCAAUUAAGAGAUAUUCCCGAGCAUAUUAUUACAGAAUCUCCUCAAUAUUUAUCCUUAAAAACUCAAUUCAAUAUUCUAUAUAAUGAAGCUAUCCAACUAAGAAGUCAGUUAGAGGAAGCUAGAAGUACUAUUCAGAAUAACAGACACAAUCAUCUGAAACAGAUAGAAGAGAUGGAGGCAAAUGAAGCAGCUAUACAGAAUCAGAUGCGAUCUGAAAUGCUUCUAAUUGAAGGGCAAUACUCUCAACUAAGACACAAAUAUGAAACUAUGGAAUUGGAUUUCAAGCAAGCAUUGACGCAUAAUGAACAAGCUGGUCCUAUCAGUUGCGAAAUGCGUAGUCUAAUUUCCACACUCCAAACACAAAACAAACAACUAAAAGCUGAAGUGACUCGUUAUCGUAGAAAAUGUGAAGAAACUGUACAGGAACGUGAAAUGAUACGUGCGGAUUUGAAAUGUACAGAGGAUGAGUUAAUUCGUGUCCGUACGGCGCUUUCUGAGGCAACUGCAGCUGUUAUUACUGCAUGUGAAAAGUCAGAUCAGUCGACACCAUCAACCCCCCAAAGCUCAAAUCUACCUCAGACUUCAGUAACAAUGCCAGAUGUUGGAUCACCAACUGCUGAUCCAGAAUUGAAAGCAAAAAAUUCAAUUCCUAUAAAAGUGGAGGAAAAUGUUAAGUAUAGUUCUCCAAGUUCAUCUACUGCUCGAUCUGGCACAAUCACCACUUCAGCAAGCUCUCAUGUCAAUGGAAGUGGUCCCGAAAAAGUUUUGAAAACUGAAUCUACUCCCGACUUUCGUUGUAAUGUCUCGUGUUCUUCGCCGUCCAAUGAGAUUAUUCGUGAUUUAAAAGAACAACUGAAGCGUUCACAAGAAUCACAAAAAGAAAUGUCUGUACUGCUCAACAUGUAUAAAGUUAUCCCAAAAGAUCAAAGAGAUAAAGCAGCACUUCUUCAGUGCGAAGCCAAGCUGCGGGGUGAACUGGCUGAUGCCAGAAAUGAAAUCGAUAAACUUCAUGCAACUAUCAAAGAUCUUCAAUCACAACAAACGAAGAUGCAGCAACAACGGAAGUCAACGUUAACAUCUCCUAUUGAGCCCAAUUUAAAAAUGUCACCUGCUGAACGUUCACUCACUUCCCAUGGAAAUAUUUCACUAUCUCCUUCGAAAACAUGUAAGACUGGGUUGGUUUCUCCUGAAGAAAAAAGCUCGAGUAUAUCUGGAUCUCUGCCGAUCACGUCUUGUGGAAAAUCUAAAAUUUCUGCUUCUGAUUGGCAAAUAUCAGAGUUGCAAAUGGAACUGUAUAUAGUUCGACGUAAAAGUCAAUCUGUUGAGGAGCAGUUAAAACUUCACCAACAACGACUUGUAGCUGCCAAGCAACAAGAGGAUGUACUAUUGAAGGAAAUGGAAAUUACUGUUCAAGCAUUUGAAGAUGCACAAGAACAAAACGUUCGUCUUGUUAAAACAUUACGAGAAAAAGAUGAUGCUCACCUAAAGUUAAUGGCAGAAAGAAUGAAAACUGCUCAACUUGCUCGUUUACUGAAGGAAGACAAACAGCUUUUAGAAGAACAGAUACGUCUGAUGCAAGCAAAAAUUGAAGCGUUAAACCGUGCAGUUCUAAAACAGGAAGAGAAAGAACGUUUAUUGUUAACCAAUUUAGCAACCUUAGAGAAAGAGGCAUCAGCUAGACAAAAGUCACAGGAAGCCUAUAAACGAAAAGCUCUGGAAAGUCAACAAGUCUCUGAAGACUUAAAAGUCACUGUUCAAAAGUAUCAAAGUCAACUAAAAGAUGCUCAAACUACUGUUCAGGAGAAAGCGUCCGCUUUUGAACGCGUUUCUUUCGGUCAUCAGCGUUUACAAGAAGAACUUGUCACUGUGCGCAGAAAAUACGAACGGUUACGCAAGAUCGAACAGUCUCAUAACGCUGAUGAAUUUUUAUUGGCUGAAAUUCAGGAUUAUAAAGAGCAACUUACAUGUCCAACGUGUAAAAUCAACAGAAAGGAUGCUAUUCUAACUAAAUGUUUCCAUGUGUUCUGUUUGAAUUGUCUAAAAGUUCGGUAUGAAACACGAAAUCGUAAAUGUCCAAAGUGCAAUGCAACAUUUGGUGCCAACGAUUAUCAUCGUAUAUACCUUACCUAAUCUAUUUAAACCAACAGGCUUAUCUUUUCGUGUUUUUUUAGAAAUCUCUUCUAUUUGUUUUUGUAUUCUCCAGUAAUGUAUAUAGUAUUGACUGUAAGAAUCCUUCACUAUAUUCUGUAAAUACUUCCCACUUUAAAUAAUAUAUAGUUUAUAUUUUUA